GUAGAAGGCUAUCCUAUCCUAUCCUAUUCAUGAGUAGAGAAGAAGUAGUGGAAGAAGAAGAAGAAGAAGAUCUGGGCUUGGCCAUGGAAUUGUUGAUUGGUCUGUUCUCUGCAAAACGGCUAGCACGCGUCGACCUGAAGAGUAGCGAGUGCUUUGACUGCAACGACCUCUUCGGCAACGGCCUGUUCCAGAAGGGCAUCGCCUUCGUCACCGUGGUCAGCGUGCUAGCCGUCCACUGUCACACGCUGACAUUCCCGCUCGUCGCUGGGGACGUGGACCACUGGUGUCGGAAGCCCGCCGAUGUCAACAUGUCUAUGGACGCCUGGAAGAACGCCACCGUGCCCCUGGAACCAGAUGGGCGGUUCAGCCGCUGCAACGUCUACGACAGGCACGGCGAUCCCAACAGCACCCAAACGGUCCAGUGUCUCGAGUGGGACUACGACCCGGAAAGAGCGGACGAGACCCUAGUGAGCCGCUGGAACUUGGUGUGCGACAGGCGCCCCCUAGUCGGCGUUGCCAACGCUGUCUACAGCGCAGGCUCUCUGGUCGGCAUGUUUUGGGCGGCUUACAUGGCCGAGCACAUUGGGCGCAAGCUCGUCAUCCUGUCAUCCGCCACCGCCUUGCUUGCCGGAACCGUAGGGAUCACUUUCGCAGACACUUAUGCAAUGUACGUGAUGACGCGGUUCGUCAAUUCGGCAGCCGUGAGCACCGUCGCCAUUAUCUCAAUCAUCCUCCUGGUUGAAGUGUCGCCAGACGACCGCAGAGUACUGUAUUCCAGCGUUUCUGCGGGCGUGGGACUGACGCUCGCCGACCUUUUGUUCGACACGCUAAAGCAAGUGCACAUGAGCUGGCGUCUGCUGCAAGCUUCCAUGUUGGUGCCGACUGUGCUGGUAGCAAGCGCCUUCUUUCUGGUCGAGGAGUCUCCGCGAUGGCUAGUCUUCAAGCAAGACCUAAAGACAGCCGAAGCCGUGAUGUUAGCGGCCGCGAAGACCAAUGGCUUCUCCCUUCCCACCACGGCAGCCAUGAUAGUGAAGAUCAAGAACGAGAUAGUCAGGAACCAGGAAGCGUUGCAGGCACAAGCGCCAUUGCCCCACGAUGUCAACGUCCAACACAGCGUGUUCAUCAUGACCGUGUGCUACAUGUCUAUAACAUUCGCCUUCUACACCGUCCUGAAAUCAUCGGCGCUAAAGGGCGAUGCCUGGGUACGCUGGAACGCUUUGGUCAUCCAAGCUUUAUGCUACUAUUUGAUGACAUGGGCGAUCAGGCGGUUCACUCCGCGGCGGGUGGUCACCGCCUAUUUUCUGGCGCUGGGCGGGUUCGGUCUCUUCAUGAGCGCCAGCAUUGACGUAGCUCUGGCACCCUCACUAGUUAGCCAGCUAUGCUACGCUGCUGCGAGAGGUUGCGUUUUCGUGGCGUUGACCGUGAAUUGGUGCUACGCCGCGGAACUAUUUCCAACACCGCUGCGCAGUGCGGCGCUAUGCUGGAUCUUUGCGUGCGGUCGAGUAGGCGCUGUGGUGGUAUCUGUACUAUCCGCCCUCCAUGACGUCGGCACGGAGAACAUCGAACUGGUCGUUAUGGCUGCCUUAGCCUUCGCCUCAGCCAUGGCGUUCCAGUACCUUCCGGAGGACUCUGACACAGUAUCUGUCAGUAGGACGCCAGCUCUGAGGUGCAUCAAAGGGUCAAGCGCGGAAAAGCUAGACAUGAACCACAUGAAGACGUCUCUACAACCUGCGCAAUAUGCGAAAAAGACGACGGAUCGCAAGCAGAAACGCAUCCAAUCUCCCAGCACCCCAUCGAGGUCUCUGAGACCUUGCACCCAGGCCGGACCUGCAACCCCUGCAGCAUCGGCAGGUUCAAAAACUCCUACGGCGAAUGUUUCAACAGCUCUAAAAUAGCGCAGACACUACGUUGCUGGAUCUUGCCGUCAACCUUCUCUCUCUUUUUUUUUCUUUGCAUGCGCGGGGUCGACACACAGGCAAGAGUGGCCGCGCUUUUUUUUCCUGUGCGCGUUUAUAUGCACAUUGUUUAGAAGUGGGGGAUUUGAAAAAUCAGGUCCCGAAAUUGUAGCUUUUAGCGGCUGUCGUGUUCACUGUUACGUGAGCUGAAGCCAGUAACGUGUUCCUUUUUUUUUUGAUCAGAACUUGCCUGCGUAAAUAUCCCUCACGUGUUCGUAGAAUUAAUCCCUAAGAGCGGCCGAGGACUCUUCGUCCUUAACGUGUAUAGUAAACCCACGCUGCAGCACAGAUUCGGGGACCUACUGCGGGCCGCGCGCGCGGCUUCCGGCGGCGAGCCUCUACUUGUUGCGGGCGACUUUAACGCGCCCCACGGAGCCUGGGGCUACACCCGAGAAACACCCAAGGGCAAACACCUUUGGGAAGACUCGCAAGACCAAAGGCUUGCACUGAUCGCGAAUCCCGCCGAUCCUAAACGCAGAGGGAACAGCGUGAGUGCCGAUACGUUACCAGACCUUGCGUUUGUUUCAAAUGUAACAACAGCGCACUGGCAAAACACGCAGGAAGAUUUGGGGAGCGACCACGCGCUGAUCGAGAUCACGAUAGGCACGGGCCCGAGCGGUCGUGGUACUAACCCUGAGGGCAAAGGUCGUAAGCUCAAACUCGUGAAGUGGGAUAUGUUCCGCAAGCAAGUUACGCUCGAUAAUCUAAGACCGAUUUCGCUUACGUCUUGCGUCGGCAAAGUCAUGGAACACGCAGUUCUCACCCGCGUGACAGACUUUCUCGAAGAUCAUGACGCGUUCCCGCACACCAUGCUAGGAUUCCGCCGCAACCUCUCCGCACAGGACGUAUUGCUUCAGCUUAAACACCAGAUCGUAGACGACACUACCAGCUCCACUAAGGCAAUUCUAGGCUUAGAUAUUAAAAAGGCCUUUGACACCGUUAAGCACGAAUCGAUCUUAAAAACAAUUAGAACAUUAGGACUAGGCCAAAGAAUGUAUAAUUACGGUAGAGAUUUCCUCGCGGGCAGGCGCGCAUGCGUCGUCGUCGGCGACGAGGAAUUGCCGGAAUUUGAGACGGGUCCGUGCGGCACGCCGCAAGGAUCAGUCAUAUCACCAUUACUCUUUAAUUUAGUUCUACUUGGUCUACCCGAGAAAUUAACAGAAAUAGAAGGAUUACAUCACAGUCUCUACGCGGAUGACAUCACCCUCUGGGUUCCCGGGGGAGGAUGUGACGGUCACGUCGAGCGAACGCUACAGGCAGGAGUAGAUGCGGUUCAGAAUUACUUGCGUGGAACGGGCCUCGAGUGCUCGGCGACCAAGUCCGAACUCUUACUCUACAAACCCACAAGGAGAGGUCGUAAAACCCUGCGCGAAGAGGAACGGGAAUAUUCGAAAAUACGCAUCACAUUGGCAGAUGGUACUCCCGUACCGCACGUAGAGAAAAUUAGAAUACUAGGGUUACACCUGCAGGCAAACGGCCAUAACGGAGAGACGGUGCGAAUACUUCGUCGUUCGGUAGAUGACACGAUCCGACUCUUGCGUCGCAUCACGAAUAGACGCAAUGGUAUGCGUGAAGAGUGCGCGAUCCGUCUCGUGCAGGCGUACGCGAUAUAAGCCGCAUAGCGUAUGUUGCCCCCUACCUGAGGUGGAUCGGGUCCGAAAAAAACAAACUCGAAUGCAUGAUCCGAAAGGCUUUCAAGAGGGCGGUCGGCGUUCCACUCAACGCGAGCACCGACAAGUUUCUUGAGCUCGGAGUUCACAACUCCCUUAACGAGUUAAUCGAGGCGCACGACAUUGCACAAUACGAACGCUUAUCGAGGUCAAAGGCAGGUCGAUGCAUCCUCGAGUCGCUCAGCAUCGCGUACCACACCCAGCAUGGAGAAAAGACGGCGGUUCCCGCCUCUGUUCGCAACCGCCUGAUCAUCCCGCCGCUUCCCAAGAACAUGCACCCUACGCACCACACCGGGAGACGCAACAAACGAGCAAGCGACCUACAGAAGUUCGGUAACAGCAACGAGGCGGUAUACGUAGACGCGGCUCCAUAUGGAGGAGGGAGAAGCGCACACGCGAUAGCGGUUGUAGACCGCUCGGGUAGGUACCUCGCGAGCGCCACGGUGACCACGGGACGCACGGAGGCGGCCGAAGAAGCCGCGAUAGCCCUAGCACUCGUCGCGGUGCCGAACGCUGCGAUCGUGAUCAGCGACUCGCAGGCGGCAAUCCGCGGCUUCGCGCGCGGUCGUGUCUCGCGGGAAGCGGCCCGCAUACUCCAAAUUUCUGACGACGGCGACUCGUCAUCGCCCUCGCAACGCCAAAAUUCUACGGUCUUCCUCCUCUGGACCCCGGCACAUACCGAUGUUCCGCUCGCGGGCAACGAGGCGGCCCACGCCACGGCUCGAGGUCUCACACGCCGAGCCGCCGCUGAUUAUGUGGCCGCCUCCGCCCCCGAGAGCGGGGCAUCGGAUCUGCCGGAUCGGGACACUACAACAGAAACACAACAAGAAGCACACUGGGCGUGGGGCGAUCGCCUAACCACGUUCAGAGACCUCACCCAACACUACAGACUCGAAAGACGCACAUUCCCGCCACCACACGACAAAUUGAACAGGAACGAGGCCGUAACAUUACGCUUGCUCCAAACACACACAUACCCUAGCCCCGCUAUCUUACACCACUGCUAUCCGCGUUUAUAUUCAACAGACGCGUGUAAAACAUGCGGACAGAGAGCAACGCCGCGACACAUGCUCUGGGAGUGUGCCGGCAACAACGGUAAUCAGACCAGCUCCGUUGGCGACGCGUCCAUAAACGCGGCCGUUGCCAGGGUGGGAGAAGGCUCGAGCUCGCUUCUUCCCGACGCCGCCCCGGAUGCGGGAGCCGCCGGGGACCUUCUCCGUAGGCGUCGCCGCCGCUGGGAGGCGGCUAUCAGAAGUUCAGAGCUGGCAGACCAGCUCUGGGCCGUCCGGCAAGCCGAAGAUGCCGCUCGAGUCCAAGGACUUCGAGCCGUCACCUGAGGCCACCACAGCAAGCGCUGCCGGACUAUUCUUUAUUAAAGUUUCUUCUUCUUCUUGAUCAUACAGGCCACAUUCAUGGCUUAAGAAGGUCUUCCACGCCUGCUUGUGGCGCUUAGCAGACCGUAAGCUUGGUGCAACAGGUUUUUUUUUUUUUUGAGAAACAACUUUGGGGCUACUAGAAUCACAUGUUGACUUCUUCACUGUGGUAAGGCGAGUUAGAUGUAUCACCGCUUUCUUUUUAAAAUUUUUGUUUUGUAACGACGUGCGAACAUCACUUUAGUUGAUCAUAACAACGUACACGAGGAGAAUAUGCAGUACGGAUCGUUGAUGCCGUUGGCUGUAAAAAGCCAUGCAUGUCUCUUGAAUCGAAUAGUCCACGGCUAGUAUUUUACAUCGCAGUAAUUGUCGCUGUGAAUUAGCGAUGUCUGUGCGCAGGCAAGCGACAAGUAAAACGAAGUGAACCUGCAAGAUCAAACGCAUGCUUCUUUAGAUGUGUUCUCCUAAGCCUUUAAGAGGUAAACGAUAGCUAUUUGUUG